AUGGUCCUUGAAGUGGAGUGGAGAGAUGGAGCUGGGCUGAGAGACUUUUUUUCCGGGAAACCGGGACCCGAGGGCUGGAGAUGGAGCCCCAACACCAGGACCAGCACCAGCCCCAGGCCAGUGCCAGUGCCAGUGCCGGGCAAGUCACAGCUGAAUGCCGGGGGGGCGCCGCCCGCACAGAGCUCCGCACCGCCCGCACAGAGCCCCGCACCCGCACCGCCCCCCGGGAGCCCCGCACCCGCACCGCCCCCCGGGAGCCCCGCACCCGCACCGCACGGCAUUGUGGCAGAAGAGUUCAAUGAAGAACCCGAAGUGUCAAUUGAGGAAGAAGAAGAAAAAGCCAGAUAUGGUGACGCAAAGUCACAGACUGAGGUUGGUAAAUAUUACCUAAAGCUGGCUGAGGAAACUGAUGAGGAGCUGAACAACUGUAUGGCUGUAAAUUGGUUGAUUCACUCAGCCAAACAGGGCAAGAGGGAAGCAGUGAAGCUGCUAAAGAAAUGCCUUAUGGAAAGGAAAGGCAUCACAUCUGAAAACGAACAGGAUGUGAAACAGCUCACGAGUGAGACUGAAUUUGAGAGAGUCGUGAGGAAGGCGACCUUAGUCAUGUACUGGAAACUCAAUCCAAAGAGAAAGAAAGAGGUGGCAGUGUCCGAACUCCUGGAGAAUGUCAGCCAUGUCAAUGCCGAAGAAAGUGGGGUACAAUCAGGACCUGUUCCAGAAACACUACAAAAACAGAGGCGUGUCCUUGAACGGCUUGUCAGCAAUCAAAGUAACAAGAGCAUGAUGUUGGAUGACUUUGUUGACAUCACAAAGAAAUACGCCAAGGGCAUCAUUCCAGCUAACGUGUUCUUACAGGGAGAGGAUGAUGACCUGCAAGGCAAAGGGCCCGAAGACCUGCCUCUGAGGCAGAAGAUCCUGAAAUACCCACUUUAUGCCUUAAUGGAUGUGAAAGAGCACCUUAUUGAUAUGGCCUCAAAGGCUGGAAUCCACUGGUUGCAGACAAUUAUGCCAAUCCAACACAUAAAUGCCUUAAUCUUUUUUUUCAUCAUUAGCAACUUGACAAUCAACUUUUUUGCCUUUGUCAUCCCUCUGAUUGUCUUCUACCUUUCCUUCAUCUCCAUGGUGAUCUGUACUCUGAAAGUCUUUCAGGACAGCAAAGCUUGGGACAAUUUCAGGGCAUUGACUGACUUACUGCUCCGCUUUGAGCCCAAUCUCGAUGUAGAGCAAGCGGAGGUAAACUUCAGUUGGAGUCAUUUGGAACCGUACGUCCACUUCAUGCUGUCUGUGUUUUUUGUGAUCCUUUCCUUCCCUUUAUCUGACAGAGCUUGGAUUUGCUGUUCAGAGCUUGCAGUCAUUGCAGUUUUCUUCACAAUUACCUCUUACAUGAGCUUGAGUACGUCUGCAGAACCAUACACACGAUUCGCUCUUAUUACAGAGGUAACCUGCUCGGCUUUGGGUUUGCUCGAGUCCCUUCCUGAUUCCUGGUACUACCUGAGACUCCUCAGUAAAUCCUUUAUGUCUAUCCCUCUAGGCAAUGUCCUGGUUUUGAAUCUAGGCAUCCCCUGUCUGUUGUAUUUUUUCUUGUUCUACUUGUUCUUUCGAAUGGCACAACUGAGGCAAUUCAAAGGCACUUACUGCUAUCUGAUUCCUUAUCUGGUGUGCUUUAUGUGGUGCGAAUUGGCGUUAGUACUCCUGAAGCAAUCCACAGGAAUCGGUCUGACUCGGGCAUCCAUUGGCUAUUUCUUGUUCCUCUUUGCCCUACCAAUUCUCUCCAUUGCGCUUGCAGUAAUGUUUGUGAUACAGUUCAUCAAGUGGUUCAUUUCCAUGGACGUGUUAAAGAUAUCUGUAACCCUCAUUUUGUGCAGUAUCCCCAUCGUUCUUCGCAUGUGGUCAAAAUCGCCCUUCACUGUGGUAGGGUUCCUCAAGUCCUUGACGAGUAGUUCAAUAGUCAAACUGAUCUUGGUCUGGCUGACCGCCAUUGUGGUUUUCUGCUGGGUGUAUGUGUAUAGGUCAGAGGGCAUGAAUGUGUAUAAUUCCACCCUGACGUGGCAACAGUACAGCUUCACGUGUGGACCACGUGCCUGGAAGGAGACUAACAUGGCUCGGGUUCAGAUGGUUUGCGGCCACUUGGAGGGGCAUAGAGUUACCUGGACGGGGAGAUUCAAAUACGUUCGCGUCACUGAUAUCGACAACAGCGCCGAGUCUGCCAUAAACAUGCUUCCGAUGUUCUUAGGUGACUGGAUGAGGUGUUUGUACGGGGAGCCUUAUCCUCAGUGUGAUCCCAUAUCUGUCACCUUGGAGGAGGAGGAACUUUGUCGCCUUAAGUUUCUCACCAAAUAUCAGUGCCACCUUAAAAUGUUUGCAAGAUAUAAAUUUGAAAUAACGGUGGGCAUGCCUUACAGUAAAAACAUAAGCAAGGUCUUGGAGGAGGACGAUGCCACCAAAGACAUUGUACUGAAGGCCAGCAGUGAGUUCAAGAACGUUCUGCUCAACCUGAGGCAAGGAAGUCUGGUGGAAUUCAGCACAAUCCUGGAGGGCAGGUUAGGCAGCAAAUGGCCAGUCUUUGAACUGAAAGCAAUCGGAUGCCUCAACUGCAUGUCGAAGCAAACACCGGCGGGAUCAAGGCACGUCAAGAUUGAACAAGACUGGAGAGGCACCGUGGUGCAGGCCUUCAAAUUUGCAUUCAAUUUCUUAUUUGCUCCGUUCUUACACACUGUAUAAUCCAAAGCCUUUCGUUUAGUUGAGGUAGUUUCACUCCUUACUACCUAAAGUGCGAAACAUUUACUUUUUGUUUGCAAGUACUACAAACUCCAGAGAUAAUGCAUAUUGUGGGAUGUCUGGGUGGUGAUAUUCCUCUUUCUACAAAGUGCAAUGACUUUGAUGAAUGUUACUGGAGUUUCCCUGUUAUAAGUACAUAUCAACAAAGCCACUUCACUUACCAACGAGUGCAAUAUCUCAACCUCAGUGUUUAACAGUUUGGGAAUUCUGUGUCAUUGAAAGCAAUGGGAAUGCAUAGAGGACAACAAAAGUAUGCGUUCCCCAAUUUGCUAAACUUCCAAUAGGCAGAAGUAUUCCUAAUGUAUUUGGUGUACAUUGUAGUUUAAGGUACCGCAUUCAAAUUGUUUUGGUACAGAAACUAUCUAUGUUUUUUUGUCCAAUAGCUUUACCUCGCUUAAUAAUUGGGAGCUGAAGAUGGAUAGCAUAAAUAUGGCAUUUAUAAUUUACGUAGGACUUACAUGACUGUUUAAUGAACAGUGAUAUUAGCCUAUCUAAAUAUGCAUUAAAUGGGCAGUAACCGUGGAAUAAUGAGCAGCCUUGCAUGUUUUUGACAUGAUAUAAUAAAAUAUUAACAAUGAAAA